AUGGACGGCGGAAUGCGCGGCAACUCGGCGGGAGGAGCGAGCGACGAUAUGGCCGACGAGGUGGGUGACGCAGCGGGCGAGAGAACUGACGACACAGGCGACGAAUUCGGCGAAGCUAUGCCGACAGCGCUGCUCCAGAGUCAGCAGAGUCCGAAGAUCAACGUGCUUUCACAUUCCCCAAUCAAGAACAGCCACUCUGUGAAUCCGGACGCGCCGCGUCCAACCCCAGCGAGAGCGACAGCAACAGGGGUAGCGGCGGGGGCGGCGGCAGUCAUAGUGCCGCCGUUCUUCCGCAGCCCGCCGCCAUCUGGAGCCGCGAAAAUUGCCUCCUCGGGGGCUGCGGGGACGGCGUUUUCUCCCCCGGAUUCCGCGUACAAGCGCCAAGGAGAAAACCUAAUCGAAGAUGGGUCUCCCCGGGAGCGCAGCAGGAGGAAGCGCGAGCCGCUCGCCACCGCCGCGGCCGCUGGCGGCGGCGGAGGCGGCGGAGGCGGCGGAGGGAGCGGAGGGAGCGGAGGUGCUGCUGCUACAGCUGCAGCAGCUGGUACUGCCGCCGUUUCUGCUACCACUCUCCGGGGCCGCGGUAAAGCAAGGAGGGAUGGUUCAGCAGCAGCAGCAUCGCGGGAGUUUGAAGACUCGUGCAAUAAGAUCAUGCUUGCCUCUGCUGAUGGUACCGCUGCCGCUGUCGCUACCACACCCCGGGGGCGCGGGAAAGCAAGGAGAGAUGGCUCGGCAGCUUCCCGGGAGUUUGAAGGCUCAUGCAACAAGAUGCUUGCCUCUGCUGAUGGUACUGGCGCUGCUGUUGCUACCACUCCCCGGGGCCGCGGGAAAGCACGGCGAGAUGGUUCUGCAGCAGCAGCAGUAUCAACGGCAGCAUCGCGGGAGAUUGAGGACUCGUGCAACAACAUGCUGGCUGCCGAUGGUACUGCCGCUGCUGCUACCACUCCCCGGGGGCGUGGCAAGGCAAGGAGAGAUGGUUCAGCUGCAUCGCGGGAGUUUGAAGACUCGUGCAACAAGAUGCUUGCUGCGGCCAUCGCCCGCAACCUCCGCGCCCGGCUCGCAACAUCCCAGCAACAGCCUCAGCUGCAGCUGCGUCAGCAGAAUCUGCAGCCGCGUCAGCAACAACCUCCCACUCACAUCACCAGCAGCACAAGGUCUCCGAAACAGCUUCAACCGCAGCAUGUAUGGGACGAGAGUGCACCCUUACCCAGCCCUGCAUCGCACGCUGUGGCGCAUGGGCGUGCAGGGAUGGAAGGUCUGGGCCAGUCAUUCAACACAUCGCCCUCAGAAGUUUCCGGAAAUUGGGCUCCCAUGGAUGUUACUCUAGGACCAGAGCCUCGAGACGGUCCGGUAUAUCCAAUUGGUUCUGGAUCCCAGAUCGGCAGUGGCUAUGGUGGCGUUGGUGCUGGCGGUGGUGGUGGCGGUGGUGUUGGUGGUGGUGGUGGUGGUGGCGGUGGCAGUGGCGGUGGUGGCAGAGGUAGAGGCGAUGCCGGUGGUGCCAGUGGUGCUGCUGAUACUGUUGAUGUUGAUGCUGGUAACGCGGACGAUGCCAUUAGCAGUGCUCCGAUGGAUCUGUCCAGCCACCAAUUUGGAGGCGAAUCUAACGAGGCCUUUUUGUUGAAACCAGGCGCGGCGACAGUAACUUUUGAGGCGCCUCAAAACGCGGCGACAGUCACCCGGAGCCUCACCGUUCCUCUGCAGCACGACCUGUCUCUCGGGCUGAAUCGGCCGGUCGGGUUCGGGUCCCUCUCGUGGCCACGAUCCGCCUCAGCUGCUGCUGCUGCUCCAGCAGCCUACGCCAGCGCUGCUGCUGCUGCUGCUGCUGCUGCUGGUGGCAAUGCUGCUGGUGGCAAUGCUGGUGAUAAUCAUGCUGUUGAUGGGAAGCAUGUCACGGGUGUCCCAGCUUCUCUCAUCGGGACCACCACUGUAGUCGGCUGGCCUGCCCCUGCCCCGUCUGCUCCUGUUGCUGGUGAUGGCAAUGCUGCUGGUGGCUAUCCUGCUGAUGGAAAUGCUGUUGAUGGGAAGCAAUUCAAGGGUGCCCCAGCUUUUCUCCUCGGCACCACCACUGUAGUCCCCUGGCCCAGCCCGGCCCCGUCUGUUGCUGUUGCUGAUUGGCCAGCCUCACAGGCUGGUGCAUCUGCUGCUGCGGCUAAUCCGACAGGUGUUUUUGAGAGUAUAAAAAAAUCAUCCUCGCAGGGUGGUGUGUCUGCUGCUGUGGCUGACCUGACAGGUGUGGUGCACAGAUUGCCAUCCAGUGAGAAAAUUCCCUUGACGUCCUUUCAAACCUCUCAAGCCACUCAGGCCUCUCAUCCCACUCAGGUCUCUCAGACCUCACAGACCUCUCAUGCCUUUCAGGCCUCUCAAGGCCCGCACGCGCACCUGAAAGGCUUUGACACUAUCCCUCCUCCGGCCAUGCACGCUCCAGGCGUGCACACUCCAGCCAUAGACGCUCUCGGCAUGCACGUUCCACGCUUCCACGCUCCUUCCCCUCCUCUCACCCCUGCCGCACCGCCUCCCUCUGCUACCAACACUGCAUCCCCGCCCGUGCAUGCAUCCUCAUUCUCCGAUCCCACAGCCAUUCUCCACUCCUCCUCGCUCUCGCCUCCCAUUCCCGUCAUGGUCCAUGCUGCCACUGUAGCAUCCUUGGUAGGCCCCUCCUUGCCUACCCUCGAGCAACAACAUCUCUGGCAGCGUUCCCUGCUGCUUGCACAAGGGCUCGAUCCGGCCGGCGGAAGCGGCAGCAGCUGGGGCGCUGGGAGUGCUCGGCAGCAGCUGCAAGCUACAGAGGGGUCUUACCAGCCGAAGCAGGCAGACAAAGAGGCAGCAGCAUCGGCAUCGGCAGCGGCUUUUUCGGCAGCGCUUAUGCGAACCACCAGAGGGUUUUCGUCGUUGAAUACGCAUGUGCCUGAGAGACCGGACACACUGCAUGCUGCAGGUCCGGCAGCAGGUUCGGCGAUUUCCACAGGCGGGUUGGUAGGGGAGGAGAGGGGUUCGGCCGGACCUAUGGCUGGACCGGCGGCACUGCUGACAGAAACCCUUCAGGGGGUUCCGCCGUCCGUUUUAACGUCGUCAAAACGAUCCGUCGUGCUCGUGCUCGAUUUCGGAUCGCAGUACACUCAGCUAAUCACGCGCCGCAUUCGCGAGCUCGGAGUCUACUCCGUCAGCCUGCCGGCCGGCGUGCCGCUAGAUCAGAUCCAGGCCGUCCAUCCGACGAUCAUCGUUCUCUCCGGUGGGCCGAACUCCGUACACGAGGAAGGUUCGCCGACGGUUCCCGCGGGUUUUUUCGACUACGCGAUAGAGAAGGGUAUUACGGUUCUUGGGAUCUGCUACGGCAUGCAGCUGAUCGUGAAGACGUUGGGUGGUGACGUGGCACGAGCCGAGGCGCAGGAGUACGGACGGAUGGAUAUCGUGGCGGAUUGUGAUUCGGCGCUCUUUGGCGGGAGCGACGCGGGAGGCGAGGAACCUGAGAAGAAGAAGGCGAAGAAUGAAUCGCGACAGACGGUGUGGAUGAGCCAUGGAGACGAGGCGACGAAGCUUCCAGAGGGGUUCAAAGUGGUGGCGCGCAGCGAUCAGGGCACGGUGGUGGCGAUUGAGUGCACGACACGCAAGAUAUUCGGCCUGCAAUACCACCCUGAGGUGACCCACACCCCCAGGGGCAUGGAGACCCUUCACCGUGUGGUCUUUGACAUCGGGGGCGCGCACGCUGAUUGGCAGAUGCAGGAGGUUCUGGAUGAGGCGAUCUCAGCCGUCCAAGCGGCAGUGGGGCCGGUGAAGCAUGCGGUGUGUGCCCUGUCGGGCGGCGUUGACUCGACUGUAGCGGCCACGCUGGUGCACAGGGCGAUUGGGGACCGCCUGCACUGCAUUUUUGUCGACAAUGGGCUGCUGCGGUUCCAGGAGCAGCAGCGGGUGAUGGCAAUGUUUGAGGCAGACCUGCAUCUGCCAGUCACCUGUGUGGACGCGUCUGAUCGCUUCCUCUCCAAGCUCAGGGGCGUCACGGACCCCGAGAGGAAGAGGCGCAUCAUCGGGGCGGAGUUCAUUGGCGUGUUUGAUGAUUUUGCGAGUGAACUGGAGGCGAAAUUGGGCCACCGACCCGAGUGCCUGGUGCAAGGUACACUGUAUCCGGACGUAAUUGAGUCGUGCCCGCCGCCUGGCAGUGGGAAGAAGCACUCGCACACCAUCAAGAGCCACCACAACGUGGGUGGUUUACCCGAGAAUAUGCGCUUUACCCUCGUGGAGCCCCUCAAGUGGCUGUUCAAGGAUGAGGUGCGCAAGAUUGGAGCUCUCCUCAACGUCCCCGCCUCCUUCCUCUCCCGCCACCCCUUCCCCGGACCUGGCCUUGCGGUUCGGGUGCUGGGGGACGUGUGUGCGGACGGGGCACUGGACACCAUCCGCCAGGUGGAUGAGAUCUUCAUUAAUGCAAUCAAGGAGGCCGGCCUGUACGAUCAGAUCUGGCAGGCGUUUGCCGUCUUCUUGCCGGUGCGGUCGGUGGGAGUGCAGGGGGACCGGCGCACCCACUCCCAUGUGGUGGCUUUGAGGGCCAUCACCAGCCAAGACGGCAUGACAGCAGACUGGUGA